AUGGAUGAGGAGAAAAGGAUGCGAUCUACAUUCAGACAGUCAUCCAGUGAGACUGAAGCCAGUUCGCAGAUGAGUACUGCUCCUAGCAAGAUGUCCCUCAGGAGCAACAGAUCCAAGUUCGAGCCAGUCGGCUUUAAAGAUCAAAGCUCAGACCUGGAUGAGUCUGAUUCAACAGCAGACUGUCCUUGUCCUCAGUGUGGGAAGAAAUCCAGGAAAAUAUCAAAACAAGAGACAGACAAGGAGGGAAACACAGGUAAAAUUGAUCUUUUGGAGACAAAGAAGAAAUUAAAAGAAGCAAUGAAAGAGACAUUUUCCUCAGUCUCUGAAGGUAAUGGUGACAAGCUGAGUUCACUGAACAACAUCUACACAGAGCUUCAUAUAACCACUGGAGAGAGUGAAAGGUCACGUGAAGAGCAUGAAGUCAGGCUGCUCGAACGUAAACUGAUAAGACACACUUCAAAACAACAAAUAAUCAACAUAAAUGAUGUGUUGAAACCGUUGCCUGAUCAAGACAAACCUCACAGAACAGUUGUGACAAAGGGCAUUGCAGGAAUUGGAAAAUCAUUUUCUGUGCAGAAAUUCAUUCUUGACUGGGCCGAAGAGAAGGAAAACCAGGAUCUUGACUUCAUUUUCAGUCUUGCUUUCAAAGAGCUGAAUUUGGUUAAAGGAGACAAAAGUCUACAUGAGCUCCUGACUUUAUUUCACCCCACACUGUCUGAUCUCAAAGAUUCAGUGGAUUAUACCAAAACCAAGACUGUUCUGAUCCUGGAUGGUCUGGAUGAAAGCAGGUUUCAGCUGGACUUUGAAGGCUUUAGGACUAUAACAUCUGUCAAGGAAGUAACAUCUGUGAGUGAUCUCCUAGCAAACCUCAUCCAAGGUAACCUUCUUCCUGAUGCAAAGCUCUGGAUUACUUCCCGUCCAGCAGCAGCCAAUCAGAUCCCUGCAGAACAUGUUGACAUGGUGACAGAGAUAAGAGGGUUCAAUGACCUUCAAAAAGCUGAAUACUUCAGGAGGAGAUUUAGUCAUGAUCCAGGUCUUGCUGAAAGGAUCAUUAAACAUAUUCAGGCUUCACAGAGUCUCGACAGCAUGUGUCAGAUCCCGAUCUUCUGCUGGAUUUCUGCAGUGUUAUUCCAGGAAGUCUUUGGAGGAGACACUGAAACUGAAAUUCCUCAAACUCUUACAGAGAUGAUGUCAUACUUCCUGUUUGCACAAACAAAGCGUAGAAACAGAAAAUAUGACAAGACGGUAGAGACAAACAAAGAAAAGCUUCUGAAGACACACAAAGAAUUUCUUCUGAAACUCGGCAAGCUUGCAUUUGAGCAGCUGCUGAAGAACAACCUCAUCUUCUAUGAGGAAGACCUGGAAGGCUUUGGCAUUGACAUUAAAGAAGCAUCCAUUUACUCUGGAUUUUGCACCACAGUACUUCGGGAAGAAGAAAUCAUUUCCCAGAAAAAGGUCUUCUUCUUUGUACAUCUGACUCUGCAGGAGUUCUUUGCAGCUCUCCACGUCUAUGACUGUUUCAUAAAUAAUGAUAUCAGACAGCUCAGCAGCUUCCUCGAUCUAAAGAGCCAAGAAUAUGCUUUACUUGAUCUGUUAAAGAUGAUAGUUCACAAAGUGCUGGAGAAGAAAAAUGGUCACCUGGACUUCUUCCUGAGAUUCCUUCUUGGACUUAUGGUUGAACCCAAUCGCAGAGUCCUUCAGGUUCUGCUGACUCCACCAGAUCAAAGUCAAGAUACUGACAAGAAAAUCUUGACUUACCUCAAGUCUAUCAGAAGGAAGAACCUCUCUCCAGACAGCUGCAUCAACCUUUUCCAGACUAUGGUCGAGAUGAGAGAUCACAAAGUCAAAGAUGAGAUUCAGGAAUAUCUCAAACUGUCAGAUCGUUCAAAAACAGAGUUGACUCCCCUGCACUGCUCUGCACUGGCCUACAUGCUGCAGGUAUCGAAGAAUGAUUUGGAAGUCUUGGACUUAAAGAGUUACAACACAUCAGAUGAGGGCAGAUGGAGGCUGAUACCGGCAGUGAGGAGCAGCAGAACAGCCUUACUAGCAGACUGUAAAGUGACUGAAGAGUGGGUUGAACAUCUGGCCUUUGGUCUCACCUUCCCUUUCUCACCUCUACGACAUCUGGACCUCAGCAACAAUGACCUUAAAGAUUCAGGAGUGGAGCUGCUGAGUAAAGGACUGUCGAGUCAGUGCUGCAGACUGGAAACUUUGAGGUUAUCUGGUUGUCUGGUGACAGAAAAAGGCUGUGAGUUUUUGGCCACAUCUAUUAAGUCCAAUCCUUUUCAUCUCAAAGAGCUGGACCUGAGCUAUAACCAUCCAGGAGAAUUUGGGGGAAAGAAACUCUCUGAGCUGAAGGAUGAUCCACAAUACAACCUCAGCCAACUCAAUCUUGAACAUGGUGGGAAUCACCGGAUGAAACCAGGAUUCAAGAAAUAUGCCUGUGAGCUCACUCUGAACUCCAGCACAGCUCACAAGAACCUGCUGCUCUCUGAAGGGAACAGAAAGGUGACCUGGGUGGAGGAGGAGCAGCCGUAUCCUGAUCACAGAGAGAGGUUUGAUUGCUCUCAGCAGGUGCUGUGUGAACAGGGACUAAAAGGACGCUGUUACUUUGAGUUGGAGGUGUCAGAGCCCUUCUGUGUUGGGUUAACAUACAGAAACCUCAGCAGGAAAGGGGAUGUUGAUGCCUGCAAGCUGGGACAAAACAACAAGUCUUGGUGUCUGAUUUGCUCUGAUGAUGGUUGUUUUGUUUGGCACAACAAAGAGAAGGUCUGUGUAUCUUCUCAGUGUUUGCGCUCCAGUCGUGUCGGGGUGUAUCUGGAUUCGGAGGACAAAAUUUUGUCCUUUUACAGAAUUUCCUCUGGCAGUCUCGUCCACCUCCACACCUUCAAAUCAACCUUCACUGAUGUUCUCUACCCUGCUGUUGUACUUCACAUUCAUUCCUCUGCGCUGUUUUGUUAG